AGCACAUGUUACUUCUCCCUUGCACUGAUACAACAUGGUUAGUAUAAGGAUUGUCAAACGGUGUUCACCUAACAGUUUCACUCUAUAAACAGGUUGUUUCUCUUCAGUAAAGAGGGUUAAGGACAUGCCUCAGGAUACUAGAGUAUGAAUUGUUGUUUUCUGUUGAUAAUACAUGAGACAUUUUAUCGACUUUCCUAUAUUAAGAUUUUUUAGCUUUUCUAAUGUCGUAGAACUAACAUUCCUUACAUUCAUGCAGAAUCAAAAUGUAGGAAAUGUACACCGUAUCAAACUAACCUCCCAAGGACGCUUCUUUACCUUCAUACAGAUCUUCCCACUAUAAUCAUAAUGAAGUUAGACUCUUCCACGCAUUUAUACUGCAUAUUAACUGCAUUAUCUGUAUUGCUAGACAGAUCAGUGGGACAGACUAUGCAGUGAGCUGAAACUGUGUCGAGGUUUAUAAACUUGUUAAGAGCAAAGCUGUAAAGAAAUGGCACUGUUGAAAAUUUCUUUGCUUAUACUGUGCACGGCCUUACUGGUACCAGAGAUAUUGAAAUACGUGAACAACUCGGGUGCACAUAUACCGACCAAACAGUUGAACCAGUCCUAUGAUUAUAUUGUAAUAGGUGGAGGAUCAGCAGGUGUCACGGUUGCAUCUCGUUUGGCGGAAGAUGACCAUGUGUCGGUGUUGAUUUUUUGAAAGUGGCAGUUAUUUUGGAGAUAACCACAAAUUCUAUGAACCUUCUCAACGGAUACACCUUCUCAACACACGAUAUGACUGGGCUCACUUGACAGAGCCGCAAGAACACGCUUUCUUUGGGAUGAAAGAUAACAGAGGUUUAUGGUCAAGGUGCCAUGUCUUAGGUGGAUCGGGCUCUAUAAAUGCGCUGCAGUAUACACGUGGCAGUCGUUUCGAUUUUGAUGAAUGGGCAGAAGAUGGAUGUACGGGAUGGAGUUAUCAGGAUGUUUUGCCGUAUUUUCUUAAAUCUGAAGACAUGCACAUCCCCGAAUUUCGAGACUCAAAGUACCAUAGUAUUGGGAGAGAGAUAGCAGUUUCUGAGUCCGAUGUUUCUCCUAUUUCUAAGAUUUUCAGAAAUGCCGGAGAAGAGCUUGGAUAUCCUGUUAGAGAUUACAAUGGAGAACUACAGGAAGGUUUUAACGAGAUUCAAUUCAAUGUUCGUAAAGGUGUUCGAAGUAGUGCAGCCAUUGAAUUCCUUAAGACAAAAAGAAACAACCUACAUGUCGCCACAGACAGUCAUGUUACUAGAGUGUAUUUUGAGAAGAAGAAAGCUGUAGGUGUUUGUUAUAUACAAGAUGGUCGGAAAUGAUUUAUAAAGUCUAAAAGAGAAAUUAUAUUAUCUGCAGGAUCAAUAAAUACCUCUCAGAUUGUAAUGCUUUCUGGUGUUGGACCAAAACAGCAUCUUGAAGAAAUGGGCAUCCCCGUUGUAAGAGAUUUACUUUCAGGGAAUAAUUUACAAGAUCACCAACAAAUCAUGCUAUGCUCGAAGACGGCAGAACAUGACAGUAUUACACUGAAAAUUCUUGAAAGCACAUGGAAUGUCAUACAGUAUAAACUAUUUGGAUUUGGACAUCGGCCAAUUGCAGGGGCAGAUGAAUCAGCAUUUUUACAUCUAGAUAAAAAUGGUCAAGGAAAACGAUAUCCGAAUAUACAGAUGGUAAUGUUGCCAAUCUUAUUCAGUGAAAACAUUUUUAAUUACAGGGAAGAGUUUGCGAAAGAUUUUUUGUCUCAAACUCCCAACGAACAUGGAUUUUGUGUAUUUGUAGCGUUGACGCACCCUCGAUCACGGGGAUCAAUUCGAUUGAAAUCUUCAGAUCCUUUUGACUAUCCACUCAUUAAUCCAAACUAUGUCUAUGAUCAGAAGGAUAUCAAUGAUCUCAUAGGCGGAAUACGAAUUUGGGAACAGUUAAUGGAAACACGUGCUUUCAAACAACUUGGCGUAGACUUCAGCCACAUGAAAACAAUGUUCUGCUCGCUGCACCCAUUUCGCUCCGAUGACUACUGGGAAUGUAUAAUUCGAUAUACCGCUUUUACACAGUUUCAUCCAACCUCAUCAUGUAAGAUGGGUCCGGAUAAAAAUGACACGGUUGUUGAUCCGCAGUUGCGUGUUUAAGGUGUCGAUGGGUUACGUGUAGUGGAUGCCUCCAUAUUCCCGAAGAUUACUUCGGGUAACACGAAUGCCCCGACAAUCAUGGUUGCAGAAAAA